AUGAAGCACUUCGAUGUUUGCGACUUGGAGGAAAUUGGCUGUGGUCUCGCCCGUUCUCUGUUGGAAUUUUCGCAACUCCUGACGGACAGAGAAAAAUACAACGAACGUCUGCUUGAAAUGGGCAAGGAAAUACUGCGAGGAUUCUUCCAGUCGCGUCUGGCAGCUGGUCUUGGCGCUCAUGGCGACAAGAGGAAGCCGAUUGCAGACACCAUCGAACGACGUGCGGGCACGGAGGAUGAGCUUGAAAAUACCGAAGCCAAACUCGGAAACCUCAUUUUUUCAGUGUCCGAUUUCGGAGAAUUUUCUAAAGCCAUGGGACUCCUAGCUGAUGCAGCAAACGAACCCUCAGACUGCGAGAGUUCACGUAUCUCUUCGUAA